ACCGGCGCGUAUGCCUUCUGGCGACGCUCACUUUAAAUAUGUUGCUUAAGGGCGGAGCUUCGUGCUUGUCCUUUCCCUACGCGGGCCGGCUUCGCUACUCCCCUCUGUCUUGCCUCCCUCCUCUCGCUUCCUAUCUCUUCGCUUACCCGAACCCUAUCGUCUCGAUCUCCUCCACCUCGGCGGUGUCCAUGGCGGCCCCUCCCGUGGCCAAGAAGGUGAGGCACGAGAUGGAAAUGUUCGGCGAUGUCCGGGUCGACAACUACUACUGGCUCCGCGACGACUCCCGCUCCAACCCCGAUGUCCUCUCCCACCUCAAGGCCGAGAACGCCUACACCGAUAUCGUGAUGUCCGAUGUGAAGCAAUUUGAGGAUAAAAUAUAUGCUGAGAUAAGAGGAAGAAUCAAAGAAGAUGAUAUUUCCGCACCUGUUCGAAGAGGUUCAUAUUACUACUAUGAGAGAACAUUGAUGGGGAAGGAAUAUGUUCAGCAUUGCAGGCGCCUUAUUACAAAUGAUGGCCCUGCUUCUGUGUUUGAUGUUAUGCCCACGGGACCAGAAGCAUCUGAAGAGCAUGUUAUCUUGGAUGAGAAUAUCAAGGCCCAAGGGCAUGAUUAUUACAGCAUCGGGGCUUUCAAAGUCAGCCCAAAUAAUAAGCUGGUAGCAUAUGCAGAAGAUACUAAAGGUGAUGAGAUAUAUACUGUUUAUGUCAUUGAUGCUGAGAAUGGGACUCCUGUUGGGGCGCCUUUGAAGGGGGUGACAUCAGACGUUGAGUGGGCUGGUGAUGACACCAUAAUUUACAUAACAAUGGAUGAGAUUCUUCGGCCUGACAAGGUAUGGUUACACAAGUUGGGGUCCGACCAGUCAAGCGACCAUUGCCUCUAUCAUGAAAAGGAUGACAUGUUCUCUCUUGAUCUUCAAGUUUCUGAAAGCAAGCAAUAUUUGUUUGUUGGGUCUGAAAGCAAAAAUACACGGUCUAUCUUUUACAUAGAUGUUUCUAAAAAAGAAAGUGGGCUCAUGACUUUGAUGCCUCGCGUAUAUGGUGUGGAUAUAUCAGCUAGUCAUCGUGGAAACCACUUUUUUAUCAAGAGAAGAAGCGAGGAAUUCUAUAAUUCAGAAUUGCUUGCAUGUCCACUGGACAAUGUAUCUGAAAUGACAGUUCUGCUUCCUCACAGAGAAAGUGUGAAAAUACAGGAUUUCCAACUUUUUAACGAUCAUAUCACUGUGUAUGAACGUGAAAAUGGUUUACCUAAAGUAACUGUAUAUGGCCUUCCAGCCAUUGGGGAGUCAAUUCUACAACUGCAGGGUGGCUGGACAAUUGAUUUUGUUGAUCCUGUGUAUUCGGUGGAUCCUGAAGAAUCAGAAUUUUCUUCAAGAAUCUUACGGUUUUCUUAUAGCUCUAUGAGAACCCCACCUUCUGUGUAUGACUAUGACAUGAAUACGGGCACAUCUGUUUUGAAGAAGAUUGAGACGGUAUUAGGUGGUUUUGAUGCAUCAAAUUAUGUGACUGAAAGAAAGUGGGCAGUUGCUUCAGAUGGUACUCAAGUGUCAAUUUCAAUUCUUUACAGAAAGGAUCUUGUAAAUCUUGAUGGGUCUGACCCUCUGCUACUUUAUGGCUAUGGUUCCUAUGAGGUGUGCAUAGAUCCCAGUUUCAAGGCUUCAAGGUUGUCUUUGGUGGACAGGGGUUUCAUAUUUGCAAUAGCUCACAUUCGUGGAGGAGGUGAAAUGGGGAGACAGUGGUAUGAAAAUGGGAAGUUGUUGAAGAAAAAAAACACAUUCACUGAUUUCAUCACAUGUGCAGAGUAUUUAAUAGAAAAUAAGUAUUGUUCAAAAGCAAAACUAUGCAUUAAUGGGAGGAGUGCAGGAGGCUUGCUGAUGGGUGCUGUUUUAAACAUGCGCCCUGAUCUGUUCAGGGUAGCUGUGGCUGGAGUCCCAUUUGUUGAUGUUGUGACUACCAUGCUUGAUCCAAGCAUCCCAUUAACUACAUCUGAAUGGGAGGAAUGGGGUGACCCACGAAAAGAGGAAUUCUAUUUCUAUAUGAAAUCAUAUUCUCCAGUUGACAAUAUAAAAGCACAAAACUAUCCCAACAUUCUUGUAACAGCUGGUUUAAACGAUCCCCGUGUUAUGUACUCGGAACCUGCUAAGUUUGUCGCAAAGUUAAGGGAAAUGAAGACUGAUGACAAUAUGCUCCUAUUUAAAUGCGAACUUGGUGCUGGGCACUUCUCAAAGUCAGGAAGAUUUGAGAAACUACAGGAGGAUGCCUUCACCUAUGCUUUCAUCCUCAAGGCAUUAGGCAUGGUUGCGCCUGCUUCCUAGUUGACCAUUUAAACCACUUAGACAAAUUAAUUUUUUUCCACAUAUGCACUUCUGUUGUUUCAUUUCAAAUAUGAAUUUUAAUUGUUUUAAAUUGUGGGCCUCAGAAUGACUCUAGUUGGUUUUGAUUUUUGGGUUUUUCUGACAUGCAUGUCAGACAUGAGUGCCUAUUAAAGUUUCUAUUGUUUGGAUCAGAAGUGAAUUGUUGGAGGGAAUUGUGUAGAUUUAUGUUGCAAAGAUUGACAUAUUUACGCUGCAUUCCUUUAGCUAUUAGUUCAGCUACUGGGAGCCUGCAAAUAUUCAUAUUUCCCACUGGAUAUCAGGGGAUUCUGCC